GCAUAGAUAUAUAGAUAUCAACUUCUGAUACAUAUACCUAUUUCUUCCGCCGACUAUACUGAACUCCAAACUCAACAUGCCUGUCGCACUCAGCCCUCCUAUUCCUCAAGUCAAGGCCAUCGCGCCGGAGACUUCCAAGAAGAGAAAGAUCAUCUGCUUCUCAGGUACGAACAAUCUUGGCAGCCACCCUCAUAACCUCAUCUCAAUAUACCUGAGCCUCUUAGGGGUUCAUACCCAGCUCAUGACCUAGUCCAUAUACGAUAUACUAACGCGCCUUAGAUUUCGAUGGUACCAUCUUUAUGCAAGAUACUGGCCACGUGCUCUUUGACAACUAUGGAUGUGGAUCCAUGAAGCGCGAGAUCCUCGACGAACAGAUUAAAACUGGCGAGCGAUCUUUCAGAGACGUCUCGGAGGAGAUGUGGGGCUCCUUGAAUGUUCCUUUCGACGAUGGUUUCGAGGUCAUGGAGAAGAGCCUCGACAUGGACGUUGAUUUCCAGACCUUUCACACGUGGUGCCUGAAGAACAACGUCCCUUUCAACGUUAUCUCUGCUGGUCUCAAGCCCAUCCUGCGCAAGGUUCUCGACACCUUCCUGGGCGAGGAGGCAUCGUCUCACAUCGAGAUUAUUGCCAACGACGCAGAGAUCAAGGCCGAUGGCUCAGAGUGGAAGCCUAUCUGGAGACACGACACUGAGCUCGGUCAUGACAAGGCCCUUUCCGUGAAUGAGGCUCGCGCCGAGGCCGAGCUUACCUGCGAUAACGGCUCCAUCCCCUUGAUCGUUUUCAUUGGCGAUGGCGUCUCCGAUCUGCCUGCUGCACGCGAGGCCGAUGUCCUGUUUGCCCGCCGCGGCCUCCGUCUUGAGGAGUACUGCGUCGAGAACAACAUCAAGUACAUCCCCUUCGACACUUUCGCCGACAUCCAGGCCAAGCUUGAGGAGAUCCGCACGGAGGACGAGGAGAAGACUGCUGGUCUGGGCCUGCCCGCCAUCUUCAACCCCCGCGCCAACCUCUGGAGACGUGUUUCCAGCAAGCAAGCCGUCCCCCGCUUCGCUAUCAUGUCGCCCUCGAAAGAGGAGAAGAUGUUCCUCUGGCCCGAGGCUUACACCGAGCUCAAGACGCCCGCCGUCGAGCUUACCGAGAUUGCUGCUACCACUGUCACUGCUGUUCAGGCAUAGACGUUUCUCCCUUCUUUCACUGAUUGCAUAUACCGGCGUUUGUUUGCUUUGAGCUAUGAUUUGGGUAAAGGGCAUUAGCAAUGGCGCAAUGGGUAGUACACAAGAGCGUACAAAGGCGUUUCAUACACCGUCGGCGACCAGAUAUCUGGUGUCACGAAGAAUUUAUAGACUAGAGAGUACUAGAAAUGUUACAAUGAAACAUCAAUAUCUAGAUUGAAGCAAGUUCUGUGUUACCUG